CAAGCUGGUCGGGUUAACAGAUGGACAACCAGCAGGGUACAGAUUGAAAAACCAGAGCAAGAGCUGUGGAAUACACAGCUCUGAGGUUUCUGCAAAACCUCCACAAGGAAGUAGCAGGCAAAUACGUUCUGUUUUACUGAGCACGAUGUGGGUGAAAUUGCUCUCUGUAGUUGCAGAAUUUUGUUUUUCCCCUUUCCUAGUUACUGAUCAAGAGACAGCCUCAGAUGCUCCAGAGAAAAGCUCUCUCUCCUCUCAAGACCCUCAGCAGCCCACGAGUACUGUCUCAAUGAUGGAAAAUUCCAGUAUACCAGAGAUUGACAAGGAAGAGAAAGAGCAAACUACUCAGUACCUUGACUUGACCAUUGAAGCAAAUCCUCAGUAUAUCGAAUUGACGAGGAAGAAAAGUGGCAUUCUGCUGCUCACCCUGGUGUCCUUCCUCAUCUUCAUCCUCUUCAUCAUAGUGCAGCUCUUCAUAAUGAAGCUGCGGAAAGCACACGUGAUAUGGAAGAAGGAAAAGGAAAUUUCAGAACACACCCUAGAAAGUUACAGAUCAAGGUCAAAUAAUGAUGAAACCUCUUCCCAAGAGAAAAAUGGACAAACUUCUCACUCUAAACGUUGCAUGAAUUAUAUCACGAGAUUGUACUCAGAAGCAAAAACAAAGAAGAAGGAAAAUGCAGAACACUCAAAAUUAGAAGGAAAGCACACUCAUAUCCCAGAGAGCAUUGUGUAGUGCUCCUUGCAGCAGGAGAUGAUUUUUCAGCCAGCCACGCCAUCAGUGGAGCAGCCCGUGGGAAGGAGCAUCAGUUUUGUGACAUGAAAAGUGUCCCUUGAGUGCAAUGUGAGAUGGUGUCUUCUGAGCCAGGGCAGCAACAUGGGGACCAAACCAUGAACAGAAAGCUCAUGGUUUUAAAAAAAAAAAAAAAAUUUAAAGAAAGAAAGAAAGAACCUAUUAUUCCUGACACUACUUCAGAGCCCCUGAGCCUGUGGAU